AUGUCGACCGAAGAUAAACGAGAUGAUCAUAAUGCGCAGAUAGAUAUUACUUCUGCUCAAAAUUCAUCUGGAUUGUUAACCGAGAGUUCUGAGCACCCCGGCCUUGAAUUUGUUACACCUGAUGCUGUUGAAAAGAAUAUUCUUGGAGAUGACAAUGUUGUUGUCUCAGAGAGUGAAAAAGCCACAAUUAAAUUUCUUUCACACCCAAUCACUUGGAUCAUAAAUACCGUUGGCAUAUUAAAAAUGAAUCCAGUGCACCUUUUGUUACUGGCCAUCAUCCCUGCCGCUAUAACGAAGUGGUCCCCUUUUUGCUUUUUUGCGAUCAUACCCUUAUCUAAUAUAAUGACAAUAGCCAUUGAAGAUUUAACCGCCAGAGGUACAACGCCCUAUGCCGCUGUUCUGCACGCUUUUUCUGGAAAUUUUGUUGAACUUGUUAUUGAAACUGUGGCAUUGAAAGAUGGAAGAUAUAAUAUCGUUCGUUCAGCUAUAUUAGGUUCUAUUCUAUGUAAUCUUACCUUGGUUCUUGGUUUGACAUUUUUGGCGGGUUCGUGGCCUACACAAAGGCGUCUAACUCAAGCUUAUAUAAGUCAAUCCUCCAUCCAUUUAAAGGACUCUCAUUUCAAAGCAAGGUUGUUUGUGAAUACGAGUUCUUCAAUAUUGGCUCUUUCCGUUCUUGCAUUAGUUACACCUGCUGCAUUCAGAAUGGCCGCUGCUUCACAAGCUACCGCCUAUCCUGAGAAUAUUGAUUGUGAUUUACAAAACAUCAGUCAUGCAACUGCGAUUAUUCUUAUGACUAUAUAUAUUGGAUCGUUGGUAUUUCAGUUGAAGACCCAUGUUAAAGAUACACUUAAUGCAACAGAAUUUAAAAAUAAAGAGAUUUUAUACCCUUGGUAUUUUGACGUUUUCCUGCUUGCGGGUACCGUAGUUGGCAUUACCUUUUUCGCCAAGUUCCUUGUUGAGGAUAUCGAACACUUGUCUGAAGAAUAUCACAUUGGAAGUGGUUUUGUCGGAAUAGUAAUUCUUCCUAUUUGCGUCGUUUGUAACUUUAUUGAGCACUAUGAAGCCAUCAAAGAAGCUUAUGAAGAUAAAAUAGAUACAGCAGUUAGCUUGAUCCUUAAUACUACCGUACAAAUGGCUUUAUUAGUGACUCCUCUACUUGUCAUAAUUGGAUGGAUUAUUGGUAAACCACUAACAUUGGAUUUCAAUCUUUUGGAAAUUAGUGUGAUAAUAUGGCUACCUGGUUAG